CCUUUCUCGCGUCUCUGUAUCGUGUUCUGGGGCGCGCACUGCUGGACACACUUCUAAGCUUAAACCAAAGUUUUGAGUGAGUCGAAUCCCUAAAAAUGAGUUCACUCGCUAUUAGGUUAGCUAAGCUCUUGAGAGUUUCUUCUUCCACAACGCCUAGUUCUCCUGCAGUGGUGGGUUUGCAACAAAGCUUGAGGUCAUGGUACUCAACUAUGUCUUCUGAUGGAGAAAAUGAUGGUUUAAAAGAUGAUGAAUUGGAUAAGGACUUUGAUGAUAUUCUUGGUGAAAACCCUGAGCUACAACUACAAGGUGUUGAUCCCCGGAAAGGUUGGGAUUUUCGCGGUGUCCACAAGGCGAUCAUCUGUGGAAAAAUUGGGCAAGCUCCUGUGCAGAAGAUCUUGAGGAAUGGCCGAACUCUAACCAUAUUUACUGUUGGGACUGGAGGCAUGUUUGACCAAAGAAUUGCAGGGGCAAAAGACUUGCCAAAACCUGCCCAGUGGCAUCGAAUUGCUGUGCAUAAUGAGGCACUUGGAGCUUAUGCUGUUCAACAGCUUGCCAAAGAUUCAUCUGUUUAUGUUGAGGGUGACAUUGAAAUUAGAGUCUACAACGACAGUAUAAGUGGUCAAGUUAAAAACAUUCCAGAGAUCUGUGUUCGUCGUGAUGGGAAAGUUCACCUUAUAACAAGUGGAAAAACCAUCAAUGAUAUUUCACUUGAGGAUUUACGGGAGGGACUGUUUAGCUGAGAGUUGUAUAUUGCAGAAAUCUUAAGUUGGAAAUAAAUCGCAGCUAGAUCCUCUAAAUUUUGUAAGAACUAGACAUUCUUCCGGCUAGGGUGACGAAUUGGUUUAAUUGUUUCAGUGUUUCUAUCCAUGAUUUUGCUGUUAUAGUCAGUGUUUAUUCUAUGAUCCGUGUGUGUAUUUAUGGGUGGGUGGGGAUCGUGUAGACAAUUAUUUAUUUUUCAUUUGGUCCAUGUUAUGCAACAUAACAGGUGAAUAGUUCCUCCACUUCUUUAGAGCUCUCUGUAUUAGGAUUUGAAUAUGAGAUUAAUUGAAUUCGAAGAACCAUUGCAGUGUUCAUUUGGGGUUA